AUGCCAAUUCCAAGCAAACAUAUUGGCCGCUCUCAAAGCUGGGAUGCUUCAGGAUGGUAUGAAGGCAACUGGGAAAAUGAAAAUACAUUUGAAUACCAGCUACCGCCUGGGAGAAGGAAUUCUUUAACCUAUGGUGGCGAGGGAGCCUGGUAUGAGCAGCCAGCCCAUAGACCGCAUGAUAUCAUCUUGCCGGGAGGUGCUGAAAUGAAGCAGGAGCCAUAUCCAUUCCAGGAGCCAGUUUUUAACCAAGGUCCUUUACGGAAAAGUUCUGUUCCUGACUUCACAUACUACGAUAGACAGCCUGCAAUGUCUGCACGAAGUUCCUUGCCGCCUCAGGAUUACUACAGCGACCCAUCCUUAGCUGCCAGAUCACCUAAAGAUCCACGCUACUAUAGGGACCACAUGAUUAAUAGAUCAUUACCGAAUUAUGGCAUGCCACAGCCCAGUAACAGGUCGGCUUGGGAUCAGAUGCAAGUACGGUCGCCUGCCCCGCAUGAAGCAAACCGUCUGUACAGAGACCCUGUGUCUAAAAUGGUCCCUGAGGCACAGAGGAUGCGAAGCAGAGAUCCAUCUUCUGCAAGGUAUGGUGUUGAACCUCCCACGCUAAGAUAUGGAGCAGAACCUCCAACCUUUCCCAACCGUCAGCUUUAUAAUGACACAAUGGAUAGAUCUAUGGAUUCUGCAGCUGGUAGGCAGGUUACUCCAACGUGUUUAGUAGUUGAUCCAAAUUCAACCGCAGCUCCUGAUGGAAGUGUAGUUCUGUCUGCUACCCCUGUAAACCGUGGUUAUGGGCCAGUUAGGGAAAAUGUCAAUACAAAAGGACCUUAUGAUGGCUAUGAAACAGCCACAACUCCUUCCCAUGGACAGAUGACAACACCUUUUCCAGGACAGGAUAUUAAAAGGAACGUGGAUCCAGAGUUCUUAGCACUUAUGCGUUCUGAAGGAGUAUCUGAAAGUACACUCAAUUCCUUGCUACAGCAAGGGUUUGAUUCUCUGAACAUGCUGACAGUGAUGGAGGAUAAUGAUAUAAAAUCAGUUGCACCAAAUCUAGGGCAGGCAAGAGUCCUUUCUCGAAUUGCCCAUACUUAUAAAACAGAAAUGCAGUUGCAGAGGCAGGAUAGGAAAAGCACCACCAUCCGUCCCAGGCACAGAUCUAACAGCUUUAGUCAUCGAAGUGAAUUGCUCCAGAAUGAGUUUGGGAUGCACCCUGCCACCAGUCCUAUGGCAGAUGGGACAGCAAUGCACCAACCAUCAGCUACUUCUAUGCAACCGGUGUCACCGAGAGUAGCAGAAUUAACCCGUCGUCCUUCUAGUGCUCCAACACAGCAUCUUCUGGAAACUGCAUCUUACCCUGCCUCUGGGUUGCCUCGUCAGGUUGGUCCUUUUCUUCCUGGUUCUGGCUAUCCUGCUUCUAGCCCAUGUAAUAUGCAUAUUCGACAAGCAUCUGGCUAUUCUGCUCCCACUGGAAUAUCUAUGACUGCUCUGCAAACAAACCCACAUCCAAGUCCCAAAACAGCGUACUCAACCACAUAUACAGUACCCAUGGAGCUGAUGAAGAGGGAAAAGAAUCCUCCAUUAUCUCCAAUGCACAGUCCUCACAACAGUCCCCAACUUCUUCGAAAGCAAGGGGGGCAGAUAGAACCCAGCCUGGUGCAAGCAGGACCGAGUUUUCCAGUGCAGCACUCACCAUACCAGAAACCCACAAGACGUACAGGGCCACCAGUCAUUGUCUCCACCAUGGCAUCACCCGAGCCAAGUAUUCGCCCACAAAUAAUGAAUGGCCCGUUGCAUCCUCGUCCAUUGGUGGCUUUACUAGAUGGAAGAGAUUGCACAGUGGAGAUGCCAAUUUUGAAGGAUUUGGCUACUGUUGCAUUCUGUGAUGCGCAAUCAACUCAGGAAAUCCAUGAGAAGGUUUUAAAUGAAGCUGUUGGAGCAAUGAUGUACCACACUAUCACUCUCACCCGGGAAGACCUAGAGAAGUUCAAAGCCUUACGAGUUAUUGUUCGGAUAGGCAGCGGUUAUGACAACAUAGACAUCAAAGCUGCAGGGGAUCUUGGAAUUGCUGUUUGCAACAUCCCCUCAGCAGCAGUCGAAGAAACCGCAGAUUCCACUCUCUGCCAUGUCCUGAAUCUCUACAGGCGGAACACUUGGCUCUACCAGGCACUCAGAGAAGGGACUCGGGUGCAGAGUGUUGAACAGAUUCGGGAGGUGGCUUCUGGCGCAGCUCGUAUUAGAGGCGAAACUCUGGGUCUGAUUGGAUUCGGUCGAACUGCACAAGCAGUCGCUGUUCGGGCCAAGGCAUUUGGAUUCAACGUGAUCUUCUAUGACCCUUACCUGCAAGAUGGCAUCGAAAGGUCCCUGGGAGUCCAACGGGUCUACACGCUUCAGGAUUUGCUGUACCAGAGUGACUGUGUGUCGUUACAUUGUAACCUCAAUGAACACAAUCACCACCUCAUCAAUGACUUCACGAUUAAGCAGAUGAGACAGGGAGCAUUUUUGGUAAACACAGCACGUGGUGGUCUGGUGGAUGAAAAGGCCUUAACUCAAGCCCUGAAGGAAGGGAGGAUACGAGGGGCAGCACUGGAUGUGCAUGAAUCAGAACCAUUUAGCUUUGCUCAAGGGCCACUGAAAGAUGCUCCUAAUUUAAUUUGUACGCCACACACUGCUUGGUACAGUGAACAGGCCUCACUAGAGAUGAGAGAAGCCGCUGCAACAGAGAUACGCCGAGCUAUCACAGGUCGCAUCCCCGAAAGCCUACGAAACUGUGUGAACAAGGAAUUCUUUGUCACAGCAGCUCCUUGGUCAGUAAUAGAUCAGCAAGCUAUUCAUCCAGAGCUCAACGGUGCCACAUACAGAUAUCCCCCCGGCAUGGUGAGCGUCACACCAGGAGGAAUUCCGGCAGCUAUGGAAGGUAUUAUCCCGGGAGGGAUUCCUGUUACACAUACUCUUCCGACAGUGGCACAUCCUUCGCAGGCGCCAUCUCCUAACCAGCCCACAAAACAUGGGGACAACAGGGAACACCCCAAUGAGCAAUAGCAGAGAAUCUAAAGCACUCCAAUUUGGGACCAAGAGACAUUGGAAAAGAAAAAUUACUCACAAACUGACAGGAAUUUGAUACAAAAAAAGUUUGUAAGAUUGAUUUUUUUUUUUGGACUGAUGCAUCCUGAUGUUCCAGUGUUAAACAACAAAAAAACCCACAAAGAUAUGAGUCAAGACUUGGGGGAGGGACGGGGAACCCAGAAGUCACCUGCUUUCUGAAGCACUGAAAACUAGUAUUUGAUGAUACAUUAUUGAUCAGCUUAUGUUAUUGUGUGUUUAAGUUUCCUUCAUCCUUGCAUCAAUCACAAAAAUAAUGUGUAUUUCUUCUCAGUCCCUUGGGGGGAAAGCAGCCAAUUGAAGUAUCUGCUGCUUAAGAGCUUGUCCAGCUGUCCUAACAAAGCUUACAUGAUAUUAAGAGGAAACCAUCAUGUGACUUCAGCCCUUUCCUUCCUCACUUACCCGGCUUCUCCUUAUACAGCCUGAGGAAGGACAGCCCAGAGUUGGGGAGACAGUUUCGUUCAUUGCAAUUGUAUAUGGCCACUAAUGUAUUGGAAGGAUGCUAUUCAAGGUUAACUACACUUCUGUAGAUCAGGGGAAAGAAAAAGGCCCAUGUUAUCUAGCUGCCUUUUAAUCGCAGAAAUAUGCUUCUCCUACAAGAUGCACUUAAUAAAGUAGCUGUACAUUCAAUAACAUGUGCUGAUGAUGCAAAAAAAGUGUUAAGUCUCACAUUUAUACUCAAAUAUAUUUUUCUCAAUUUUAAAUCCACAGCUAUUUUAUUGAGUGAAAAGUCUUGAGCUGGAAAGGGUUCAAGAAUAAUGUUGCAUUUCCUUAUGUCUCAGGAAAAAAAACACUUUUUAUGGUAACUUGUCAGACUGUAUGAACAAAACCCACUUUUUUAGACAUUGAAGUCUUCUUUUCUUCAUGUGAUAUUUUAUACAAGAACACUUCAAAAUGUGUUAUUAGAUGUGACUGAUUUUAACAAAUCCUAUUAGAUUUGUAUCAACUAGUUACAUGUUAUAUUCAUAGUCUUUUGUGAAUCAUCGCCUUUUUGUUAAAAAAGAUGGCCUAUUCUGAGCCUUUGUAUGGGUACAUUCCUGUUUUCUGUGAUAAAAGUUUUAAAAGCUGUCCCAAACAAAAUGAAAAACAGAACCAAUGGCUACCAGAAGUAUGUUUUGUUUUAGUGUGUUACCGUUACUGUAUUUGUUUAUUGUAAAGGUGAACAUAUAGCGUUCAGUGCAGUUUUCAAUAAAAAGUGACAAUUUCUAUAA